AUGAGGAAGAAUGUAAAAUGGACAAUUGAGGAAGUAGAAGCGUUGUUAGAUGGUAUGAAAAAACACGGUCGAAAGUGGGUGUCAAUUAUCGAUGAUCCUCAGUUUGCUACUUCACUUGCUAAUCGUUCCAAUAUUGAUCUCAAGAAAAAAACUAGAGGGUACUGUGCAAAGCCGCGACAACAAUGUGAUGGUGGCGGCGGCAACGGUGUGCUGGUGGCGCAGCCAGGUGUUGGUGGGGAUGACUGGAGCGGUGACAGCGGUGUAGUGAGACAAGAUUACUUAAAGUCAAGUAAAGAAGCAGUAGUUGAAAGUAACUCUGAAUAUUACCACACUCCUUGCGCUACUGGUAAGAGAAGAGGGACCAGCAGUUUUAUAGAAGAAGCUAGUAAACCAAGAGCAGUUGAAGAGCUUAGUGAAUCUAAAGGUUACCAUAAUUCAUGUACCUUUACCCGUCAAAGAAGAUGGACUCGUAACAGCAUUAUAAGCGAAGUUAUGAAAAUUAGAUCAGUUAAAGAGCUAAGCAAAUCUCAAGAAUACCUUAAGCCAUGCACCAUUGCCUGUCAAAGAAGAGGGACUCAUGACAAUAUGAUAAACCAAACUAUCGAAGAAAGUGCACUUAAAGAGCUACGCGAAUCUCAAGAACACCUUGAUCCAUGCACUAUUGCCCUUCAAAGAAGAGGGACUCAUGACAAUAUGAUAAACCAACCUAGCAACGAAAGAGUAGUUGAAGAGCUUAGCGACUCUAAGAAUCACCCUAAUCCAUGCAUCAUUACCUAUCGAAGACAAAGGACCUGUGACAAAAUGACAAACCGACCUAGCAACAAAAGAGUAGUUGAAGAGCUUAGUGACUCUAAGAAUCAUCUUAAUCCAUGCACCAUCAACUAUCAGAGACAAAUGACCCGUGACAAUAUGACAAACCAAGCUGGUGAAGAAAGAGUAGUUGAAGAGCGUAGCGACUUUCAGGAUUACCAGAUUCCAUGUACCAUUACUUGUAAAAGAAGAUCAACUCCCAAAGCCAUUAUAAGUGAAGCUAGCAGCAAAAGUGUUGUUAAAGAGCUUAAUGAAUCCGGAGAAUACCUUAAAUCAUGCUUGAGUACUCUUCAAAGAAGAGUAACGUGUAGCAUAGUAAAAAAACAAGCUGAUAAAGAAAUUGUAGUUGAAGACAUUAGCGACUCCAAAGAUUACCAUAAUCGAUCCACCAUUGCUUGGCAAAGAAGAAGUACCCGCAGCAGCAUGGUAAAUCAAACUAGGGAAGAAAGUGUAAUCAAACUAGGGACCUGUAACAGCAACAUAAGCCAUUCUAGUAAAAUAAGAGUAGUUGAAGAGCUCAGCGACUCUCAAGAUUACCAUAACCCAUACACCAUUGCUCGUCAAACAAGAGGGACCCGCCGCAACAGGAUAAACCAGGCAAAGAAGUUGGACUCCGAGCAAGUCCACAGUUACUUGGAAAAAAUAUGGGUUAGCUUUGCGGAAGAUAGAAAGAGUUCAUUUACUUGCCUUGAUCCAUUAUGGUUUGCUAUGUACUUGGAUGACUUCAACAAAGAAAAGGUGUUGAACUGGAUCAGGAAGAAGGACAUAUUUUCUAAAACCUAUGUGAUCUUUCCCAUUGUUAAAUGGGGUCACUGGAGUGUCUUGAUAUUCUGCCACUUUGGUGAAAGCAUAGGAUCACGAUUCAAUACUCCAUGCAUUGUGUUUUUGGAUUCACUGGAGAAAGCUGGUCACUCCCAGCAACUUGAACCAAUAAUAAGAAAAUUUGUUUUGGACAUCUACAAAAAUGCACAGAGGACCGAGGAUAUAAGACUGUUGCGAAAAAUGCCCUUUUUGGUUCCUAAGGUUCCACAGCAAAGAGACGGGGUGGAAUGUGGAUUCUUUGUUCUUUACUAUAUAAAGCUCUUUGUUGAAAAUGCUCCUGAAAGUUUUAGCAUAUCUGAUGGAUACCCAUAUUUUAUGAGUAAAGACUGGUUUAGUUGCGAAGGCUUGGAUAGCUUUUUCAGAACUUUUGAUACAUCGCACAAUAGCAUUUAACUGGGACCCUCGGCAUGCCAUGUUAAAGUUUUCUCUUCUUGGAGUUGGACGUGAUUCUUCCUAAUGCCUAAUGAAGAAAGUUAUGCAUCAAGUCAAAAUUGCCUCAAUGGACCAAAAGAGUUCAUGUUCCAAUAGAUGGUCCUUAAGAAACUUAUUAAGAUAUACUCGCCAAUUGUGGUUAGCUCAUAGUAUAUAUCUGCUUUAUUAAUAUAACACGGUCAAAAAAAUAUUAUUGUACCGUUUUGUACCCUUUCUAACAUGGGGCUAUGUAUAUACUAAAGUAACGAUUGGCCCAA